AUGACCUUUGUGGUUUUACUCACACUGACUGAUUCUGAGCCGCAGCGUCAUCAGGACAUUAAAGACCAGAGUCUUCAGGAAGAGGAGCCGGAGGACGAGGACGACCACAGACAGAAAGUUCAUCUUCUCAUCUGGAAAAGACAAAAUCGUCACAUCACAAACAGCGGCUUCGGGGGAGGAGCCGUUAGUGGAUCUGACAGAUUUGACACAAACCUGGAGAUUCGGUGUCACACUGGUCUGGAAGGCGGGACCUCAUCCUCUGAAAACACAAACAAACAAACAAACAAAACAACAUAUCAACAUCCAGACACAGAAAACAUUUGUAGCAAAUCUGUUAAAGGACAAAACUCAAACCAGGUCCCGAGCACAAAACCCAGACCAGGUCCCGAGGACAAAACCCAGACCAGGUCCCAAGGACAAAACCCAGACCAGGUCCCGAGGACAAAACUCAGACCAGGUCCCGAGGACAAAACCCAGACCAGGUCCCGAGGACAAAACCCAAACCAGGUCCAGAGGACAAAACCCAGACCAGGUCCCAAGGACAAAACCCAAACCAGGUCCCGAGGACAAAACUCAGACCAGGUCCCAAGGACAAAACCCAGACCAGGUCCAGAGGACAAAACCCAAACCAGGUCCCAAGGACAAAACCCAGACCAGGUCCCGAGGACAAAACUCAGACCAGGUCCCAAGGACAAAACCCAAACCAGGUCCCGAGGACAAAACCCAGACCAGGUCCCGAGGACAAAACUCAGACCAGGUCCCGAGGACAAAACCCAGACCAGGUCCCGAGGACAAAACUCAGACCAGGUCCCGAGCACAAAACCCAGACCAGGUCCCGAGGACAAAACCCAGACCAGGUCCCGAGGACAAAACUCAGACCAGGUCCCGAGGACAAAACCCAAACCAGGUCCGGAGGACAAAACCCAGACCAGGUCCCGAGGACAAAACCCAGACCAGGUCCCAAGGACAAAACCCAGACCAGGUCCCGAGGACAAAACUCAGACCAGGUCCCGAGGACAAAACCCAGACCAGGUCCUGAGGACAAAACCCAAACCAGGUCCAGAGGACAAAACCCAGACCAGGUUCCAAGGACAAAACCCAAACCAGGUCCCGAGGACAAAACUCAGACCAGGUCCCAAGGACAAAACCCAGACCAGGUCCAGAGGACAAAACCCAAACCAGGUCCCAAGGACAAAACCCAGACCAGGUCCCGAGGACAAAACUCAGACCAGGUCCCAAGGACAAAACCCAAACCAGGUCCCGAGGACAAAACCCAAACCAGGUCCCGAGGACAAAACCCAGACCAGGUCCCGAGGACAAAACUCAGACCAGGUCCCGAGCACAAAACCCAGACCAGGUCCCGAGGACAAAACCCAGACCAGGUCCCGAGGACAAAACCCAGACCAGGUCCCGAGGACAAAACCCAAACCAGGUCCAGAGGACAAAACCCAGACCAGGUCCCAAGGACAAAACCCAAACCAGGUCCAGAGGACAAAACCCAGACCAGGUCCCAAGGACAAAACCCAGACCAGGUCCCGAGGACAAAACCCAGACCAGGUCCAGAGGACAAAACCUAGACCAGGUCCCAAGGACAAAACCCAGACCAGGUCCAGAGGACAAAACCCAGACCAGGUCCCAAGGACAAAACCCAGACCAGGUCCCAAGGACAAAACCCAGACCAGGUCCCGAGGACAAAACUCAAACCAGGUCCCGAGCACAAAACCCAGACCAGGUCCCGAGGACAAAACCCAGACCAGGUCCCGAGGACAAAACCCAGACCAGGUCCCGAGGACAAAACCCAGACCAGGUCCCAAGGACAAAACCCAGACCAGGUCCCGAGGACAAAACCCAGACCAGGUCCCGAGGACAAAAUUCAGACCAGGUCCCGAGGACAAAACUCAGACCAGGUCCCGAGGACAAAACCCAGACCAGGUCCCGAGGACAAAACCCAGACCAGGUCCCAAGGACAAAACCCAGACCAGGUCCCGAGGACAAAACCCAGACCAGGUCCCGAGGACAAAACUCAAACAAGGUCCCGAGCACAAAACCCAGACCAGGUCCCGAGGACAAAACUCAAACCAGGUCCCGAGCACAAAACCCAGACCAGGUCCCGAGGACAAAACCCAGACCAGGUCCCGAGGACAAAACCCAGACCAGGUCCCGAGCACAAAACCCAGACCAGGUCCCGAGGACAAAACUCAGACCAGGUCCCGAGGACAAAACCCAGACCAGGUCCCGAGGACAAAACCCAAACCAGGUCCAGAGGACAAAACCCAGACCAGGUCCCAAGGACAAAACCCAAACCAGGUCCCGAGGACAAAACUCAGACCAGGUCCCAAGGACAAAACCCAGACCAGGUCCAGAGGACAAAACCCAAACCAGGUCCCAAGGACAAAACCCAGACCAGGUCCCCAGGACAAAACUCAGACCAGGUCCCAAGGACAAAACCCAAACCAGGUCCCGAGGACAAAACCCAAACCAGGUCCCAAGGACAAAACCCAGACCAGGUCCCGAGGACAAAACUCAGACCAGGUCCCGAGGACAAAACCCAGACCAGGUCCCGAGGACAAAACUCAGACCAGGUCCCGAGCACAAAACCCAGACCAGGUCCCGAGGACAAAACCCAGACCAGGUCCCGAGCACAAAACCCAGACCAGGUCCCGAGGACAAAACUCAGACCAGGUCCCGAGAACAAAACCCAGACCAGGUCCCGAGGACAAAACCCAAACCAGGUCCAGAGGACAAAACCCAGACCAGGUCCCAAGGACAAAACCCAAACCAGGUCCCGAGGACAAAACUCAGACCAGGUCCCAAGGACAAAACCCAGACCAGGUCCAGAGGACAAAACCCAAACCAGGUCCCAAGGACAAAACCCAGACCAGGUCCCCAGGACAAAACUCAGACCAGGUCCCAAGGACAAAACCCAAACCAGGUCCCGAGGACAAAACCCAAACCAGGUCCCAAGGACAAAACCCAGACCAGGUCCCGAGGACAAAACUCAGACCAGGUCCCGAGGACAAAACCCAGACCAGGUCCCGAGGACAAAACUCAGACCAGGUCCCGAGCACAAAACCCAGACCAGGUCCCGAGGACAAAACCCAGACCAGGUCCCGAGGACAAAACCCAGACCAGGUCCCAAGGACAAAACUCAGACCAGGUCCCAAGGACAAAACCCAAACCAGGUCCGGAGGACAAAACCCAGACCAGGUCCCAAGGACAAAACCCAGACCAGGUCCCAAGGACAAAACCCAAACCAGGUCCGGAGGACAAAACCCAGACCAGGUCCCAAGGACAAAACUCAGACCAGGUCCCAAGGACAAAACCCAAACCAGGUCCGGAGGACAAAACCCAGACCAGGUCCCAAGGACAAAACUCAUCCCAGGACAAAAGGACAAAAUCCCAUCUCACCAAAGCAAAUAGGUGGCACGUGGGCGUGUCCUUGACUGCAAGUCCAACUCUGACAAUCAGACAAUGAGACAGGAAGCAGCAGGACCCUAAAGACCUCUGACCUCUGACCUCAUGACCUCACAGCAGAAAAUGGUUUCUGUUAAUGAAGUUGCUUAUGAAAUCCUGUCACUAUGACGACAAAAUUAAAACAAGAACAAAAUAACUGGAAAAGUCACAAUGUUUGAAGAACAUAAACAGAAUAAUGCAAUGAUGCAAGAAAAAUGAGGAAAACAGUAUUUUUUUAAAUAUAGAAGAACCAGAAGAUGAAGAAGAAGAACCAGAAGAUGAAGAAGAAGAAGAAGAAGAAGAAGAAGAAGGGUCUUUGUUGUAAUUGUACAAACACAUAAAACUAAAUUUGUCAUCUGCAUUUAACCAUCCUCAUUGCAGUUAGACACCAUCCAGCCACUAGGGGCACUCCUGUAUCUCUGGAUUCCGCAGCGUCCGGCGGAUGAGAGUCCACGACUCCAGGUCUUGGUUACAUCAUCGUACCAACUGUUUUGAAACGUGUUUCAGACCUGAAGGAUCGAACAAUUAUUUUCAACUGAAAUGACGUCAAACUAAAAUCAGUCAAUAAAUACCUCGUAUUCAUACGGAUGAUAAAUGUGUUUGUUUGUAUAUUUUUGUGGUUUGUUGAAUUCUGAUGUUUAAUCAUUUCAGUGCAGAUUUAUUUAAGUGUUUACUGAUUUCCAUGAUAACAUCAGUUUAUUGGUGGUUGCGACUGGUUACUGAUCUUUGAUCAAAUGUAACUUGAUAAUUGUUAUUUUAAUAAAUGUUCAAUUUUACAGCUUUGAUUUUUCAACUCAGUUCUUCAUCCAGUCGUCUGUAUUCAAGUUCCGUCCUUCACACUCUAAGACGCUUCACAACACAAACCCCUCGACAUCUUGCUUUAAACACCAGAAGAUAAAUAGUCGUGACAUUUACAGCCGUUGUGUUUCUACAAAUGUAGGUUUUAUAUGAGUUAAGUUUUACUGCGAAAACAUUUUUCUGAAUCUGUUCAUCAAAUGGAUGAUGAUACUGGACAGUUUUUAUUUUUAAAUUCACAUUAUUACAAACAUUUGAAGUAGAUUGUCAAGCUGCCACUUCUAUGUUUUGGUUUCAUUUACAUUAUAAAAAGUAAAAAAAAAAUAAACCCACAGUGACACUUUUACACAUUAAUAUAUAGUUCCAUUGGGGAGGUGAUGGUCUAGUGGUUAAGCAGCGGUUCAAACCCCCGUCUGGCUGGAAAAUCACUAAGGGCCCUUGGGCAAGGUCCUUAAUCCCUGAGUUGAUCCU